AUGCGUGUCUGGCAGCUUCUCUAUUGUCACAGGUGACAGACGGUAUUUCAUCAAAACCUCAAAAGGAUCAACACAUAUACUGUGCAGCUCGACACAUACUGUCAUUAUAGAGGGGUAUUGCACCACUUUGAUUCCAGCGCGUUAUUGGGUAGGCUAGGCCAGGAAUAACGACCAUGGAAUCAUCUAUUGAAAUGAAUAUUGAACUGUAGAAGGCCAGUGAUUCGAGUUGAGCUAAUAUGGGCUACAUUCAGCAACAAUGCAACACCAAUCGAUAGAUUGAGAUACUGUGGUAAUCAUAGUGAUCAUAGAUUUGACAGUAACAGCCUGCCUGUGUUUUAACAUGGGGAAAAUAGGUCCUUGUUUUCACACCACUACAUGUCCAAACAGGAGUGUGUAACAGGUAGAGUAAUGCAGCUGGGAUCUGUUGCUUUGUUGUUGUUAUAUGUAUUGGUGAUAUAAAGCCCACUGUAAAUGCAUAUCAGUCAAUCCGGGGCAAAUAUUUCCCCUCAUCAGCAGUUCUGUGUUCUGAUGAUCCGAGCAUUCCUCCCAGGCUGUUAUGUACUCAUUCAGACUGCCACAGAUGGCCAGCCAUUGUAACCCGCUUGCCCAGCAACACACAGACAGGCCUAUGGAUGGAUUGUAUACAUUCCUCAAUUAAAUCUGCCUUUCAAAACAAAACACAUAUGUCUAUCAAUUCUGUGGCAUUCAAAGGGGUUCAUGGUUCCAUGUAGUCUGUCCAAUUAGAAACACCAGUCACCUAUUUCAGAGAAAUAGACAUUUUGGGGGAAGAUAAUGGAGGUUUUUGACUUUGAAGACAUGAUACAUUUUUAUUUGUGGCCAGUAGGCUUGUAGCCAGCCUAAACAGAUUAGAGUUUUCCACUCAUCUCCGAAGUGUCUAUAUCGUAUUGUAUUUCUUUUGAACCACUAGUUGAUGGAUUUAUCACUGACAAUACAACAACAUUUUAGCUAGAAAUCGUGUGAAGCAUGGGUGACUGGAGCUUUCUGGGGCGGCUGCUGGAGAACGCUCAAGAACACUCCACCGUGAUUGGCAAGGUGUGGCUGACAGUCCUCUUCAUCUUUCGUAUCCUGGUCCUGGGGGCGGCUGCGGAGGAAGUGUGGGGAGACGAGCAGUCGGACUUCACCUGCAACACGCAGCAGCCCGGUUGCGAGAACGUGUGCUACGACGAAGCCUUCCCCAUCUCGCACAUCCGCUUCUGGGUGCUGCAGAUUAUCUUCGUGUCCACGCCCACCUUGAUCUACCUGGGACACGUGCUGCACAUUGUCCGCAUGGAGGAGAAACACCGGGAGAAGGAGGAGGAGCAGCGGAAGGCCAGCCGGCACCAGGAGGAGAGAGACCCUCUGUACAGGAACGGAGGAGGAGGAGGGAAAAAGGAGAAGCCCCCCAUCAGAGACGAGCACGGUAAAAUCCGCAUCCGGGGGGCUCUCCUGCGCACGUACGUGUUCAACAUCAUCUUCAAGACGCUGUUCGAAGUGGGCUUCAUCCUGGGUCAGUACUUCCUGUAUGGCUUCCAGCUCAGCCCCCUGUAUAAGUGUGGUCGCUGGCCCUGCCCCAACACGGUUGACUGCUUCAUCUCACGCCCCACAGAGAAGACCAUCUUCAUCAUCUUCAUGCUGGUGGUAGCCUGCGUUUCCCUGCUACUCAACCUGCUGGAGAUAUACCACCUGGGAUGGAAGAAGGUGAAGCAGGGGGUCAGCAACGAGUUUGGGCCCGACAGAAUGGUGCUCCCCCUGGCCAGAGACGAGGCGGUGGAGUCCAACAUGAUCCAGGAGGGGAUCGCCCACCCGGCCCUCAACUGCCUGCCCACGUACGGUGGCGUGAACGUGGUGUACCUGCCCGACGAGCAGGCAAACGCCACGGACGCUUUAUCCGAGCAGCAGGCAGCGGCGGCAGAACUCAAGAUGGACCCUUUCCAUGAAGACUUCCUGCUGGAGGCUCCUCCCACGUCCUUCUACGGCAGCGAGGGCAAUGGCCAGCAGCAGUCCGUGGAGCAGAACUGGGCCAACAUGGCCAUGGAGCUGCAGACUCUGGACGCUGCCAAGUCCUCCUUGUACCCUCCUCCUCCCUCCUCCCCUUCUCCGCCACCCUCCUCCUCCUCCCACAACUCCUCUGACCAGGAGCAGUCACCCCCUCCACCGGACACUGCCCCUCCUAUCCCCGACUCCCGCUCCUCCACCCUCCCGCUGCGGGAAUCGAGAAGGAGUGAGGAGCACCAGCAGCAGGAAGAAGAGGCGGCGCUGCCGCUGACGCACGUUGAUGAUGUCACGGUGACCCGGGUGGAGAUGCACGAGCCGCCUGUUUUCAUAGCGGCGGACGCCCGCAGGCUGAGCAGGGCCAGCAAGACCAGCAGUGUCCGAGCCCGGCCCGACGACCUUGCCGUGUAACACAUACACACACACACACUCUCACACACCUUCACACAAUCACAUACCAACACAUGCAGACCCCUAUCCACCACCGCACCCCAACGCCUCUGGGUUCUAUACAUUAUAUAUCUUUGAGGCUCAGGUGUCAAAUGUUGUGUGAAAUACAGAGGCGAUGUGGGGGGGGGGGGGGGCCUCGGAGUUGAGAUGCUCCUGACAUUACUCUCUACAGAAGUUGCGUUAUCUGGAGAUGCAUUCGGUGAGGUGAGGCAUAGCUUAGUGCUUCAACGUUAUGAAGUGCCAACACGUAUGUGGAGAGGGAACACACACAUUCACUGUUUGCAGCUCAGAUGCCAUGAAAGGAUUAGAGAUAUUGGACUAACUAGUUUGGGACAUUAGCAACAUUUCGGAUGAAUAUAAUUCUGCUGUUUUCUUUAUUCUUUGAUGGUAGACAUCAGAAGAGGGUUUGCGCUUUCGUUUAUUUUUUUCUCUCCCCCCUUUCUCUUUCUUUUCUUGUGAUGGACCCUUUAAGAUGAAGCCGAUGUGUCCUACUGUCUCUUCCUGGUGUCUGUCUGUCUGCAUCAUAGCUAGCCGUCUGUCUGUUCCAUGCUCACCCUUCCUAUUAAGCUGAAUGAAGAGAGGGACGCUCUGACAGUAUGGUGGAGUGGAGAGAGAUGGGGAUAGGGUACCUGGGUGGCACUUUAUUCAAAAUGACUUGCUAUUUACUUACAAAUGACAUGUUAAUCACACACGACUAGGCACAUUUUGGUACCAGGUAGUUAACAAUGAAGUACCCUCUGAUAAUAUGUAAUGUACCAGUAAAUACCAGGUUAAUACCAGUGCAUAAGGUAACGUCCUACCGGUUAUUGUCGUGUGUAGCCAUACUAGUGUGAAGCGUCAACCUAUGUUACCACCGCGAUCCCAACCUGAGGCUUUGGUCUUUAGGAUUCACAGGCUUUGUGUGUGUGUGUUUCUCUCUGUGUGUGUGUGUGUGUGUGUGUGUGUGUGUGUGUGUGUGUGUGUGUGUGCGUGCGUGCGUGCGUGCGUGCGUGCGUGUGUGUGCGCAAUAGAUAUAUUAUAGAGUCUUGUUUCAAUGUCUACAACAACAUUUAGGCAGUUACAUCCGGGUAAAUAAUAUAUAUAUGUAAAUAUAUUACAUAGUACAUACAGGGUAUAUUAUACAUAUAGAAUUAUGACUUCUAAAGAACCCAUACUGAUGCUUGUGUUUGCAGUGUGUCAAAGAAGUGUGUGUCCUCAUCGUAAAGAAAUUCAGCAGAUUUAAGACUGUAGGCCCCCACUGGUAGUCAGUAUGGGAAGUUUCAGUAUAGUGCUUGGAGAGAGUAGGCAAUAGAAUUGCUAGAAGAUAGGUAGAUACGGAGUAUUAUUUAAGGCAAUGACAUUUCAUUCUUUGUUACUGAGUCAUAAUAGCAAAAUCAAUAGGAAUGUGCAUUUGCAUAUCUUUUUCUUAAACUCCUGCCAGUUUUUUAAAUCAGAAAAUGGCUCUUAACAUGCAAUUGUAUUUCUUUUAAGCUUCCUGGUUUUUUCUCUCCGGAUUAAUUCAUUUUAUUGUCAUCUAACAUUCAGGAAAAAAUCAUAGCUAUCGAACAAUGUUUUGGACAAAAUCUCUUUUGCAUUUUGUACCUCUUUAUGUUUUGAACAACGGUAUAUUCUGUUACUGUGAAACUACAACUCACUACUAUAGACUCCCUCAAGCACUUGACCUUUGACCUUGUUAUGAUGAAAUCAUAUGUUAUCAUUCCACCACCACCUGGGGUUAUUACCAUAAAGCAACAAGAAGCAGGGGGCACUUCAAUUUUGCCACGUAAAGUAAGAACAAAAAGUUGUGAUUCUUACAGUACAUUUCAACAAUGUAGAUAGGCUGUUUGUUCCCAUUUCUCUCUCUAUCUCCCUCUCCCUUACCCUCACACUCGUCCUUCCUCCCUUUCUUUUCUCUCUUUCUUUUAUUCUCUCUCUACACACACACACACACACACACACACACACACACACACACACACACACACACACACACACACACACACACACACACACACACACACA